GAUACGUACAAUUCCUGGGACGAGGUACGAAAUCCGGAGCAAAAUUUUGCCCAAAAAAGUGUUCCAUAUCCGAAACGUCUGAUAUCCGGUACGUGCGAAAUCUGGGGUUCCACUGUAAUUGUAAAAUAUGAAAUGACCAGUAUUUCUUUCUAGUGAUAUAGCAAUGCUCAGUGGGUAUAACAAAGACCCAUUGUGAUCACUGUAAUCCUGUUUUUUUUUGUGUUACAGUUCACAGGAUGAGCAUGGAGUGCACAAUAAACUGGAUGCUCAGGCUGCACAACUAAAAACUGUAUGACAUGGAAGAUAAGUUGCAGAUUCAGUAUUCAGUUAAAUCAAAGGCACCCACUGCUAGGGCAACCUUACUCUAUGCUGAGCAUGAUCUUAUGGAUGGAGGAGACUCUUCUUCGGAGAAUUAUCAAAAGAGAUCAGAGCCACAUGGAGACAAGCUGGACCAGCAGGUAGAUCAUGUUCAAUUCCAUAUGGCCACAGUUGCUGAAGGGGCAGUAUCCACAGCAUCACAUUCCAGAAUAGUUUCUCCAUUGGAUGAGGAACCCAAGUAUCAUAAAAUUAUGUCUGAAACUACAACACACUAUCCCCUGGUGCAGAGAGUUCCAUUGAGAAAGAUAAGAAAUGUGACUGUGAAUAUUAUUACCUCCCCCAGUUUACUUGAAAAUACCACUGUUCAAGAAGUGGAGGAGUUGCUCCCAGAAAAGUUUUUUGAGAGGCUAAAAUCUCUGAGAAACAAAGUGUUUAAUCUGGCUGAAAAAAUAGAAAAGAUGAGGUCAGGUGGAGAUAUAAGUUACUUAAUAAAUGAGCUUCAAGAUGAUUCAAAGCCCCUAAUCCACUUAUAUAAUAUCUUGAAAGGUGGAUCAUAUGGUGCUGUGAACACCACAGAGGAUAUGCCCCAACUUGGUUACAUGGGAUAUAAAACUGAUCUUUCAUCAUUAUCUAUGCAUGAAGAGAAUAUAAAUUCUUCUGUUAGAACUGAUGGCCAGGAUUCAUUUAUUCAAAUGAUUAAUUUCUUUAGACAUAAACAGACAGAAAGAAAUGAUGGCCCUCAAGUAGGUAAAAAUAUGUCUAAUACUGUUUCAUCACAAACUAAUGAAACUGAUAAUGUAUUUGGGGUGACGGUGCAGGAUAAUGGUAGUACGAAUCUGCCAAGACAAGUUGAUAAACUAAGAGAAUUUUUGAUAAAGGUGAAUGCUAGUCAAAAGGGCGAUGAGGAUAUGUUUUUGAGACCCAACAGUGAAGACUUGAACCUGACUCUGGAUUCCCUUUGGGAGCUGCUGCUGCAACAGAACAAGCUUUACAGAAACAUAAAUAUCUCACAAGAAAUUGAUAAAGCAAGAGUAGCAUCAUACUCCACACUAGGAUUGGGUAGUGCUGAGGAUACAGUUGAAUUAACUACUCCAUCAUCACCACCACCAGCAGUGGCCACCUCAAAGUCUCUUAGCUCUUUAGAAAUAACUGUAUUGCCCUUAGAAUCUGUUGUCACCACAAAGAAAGCAAACUUUUCAACCUCCUCAACAAUGAUGACUACAUUGGAGCCUGUUACCCUCAGACAGAUGUCAAGUUCUUCCACUAAAGAGGCUAAUACCACCUCUUCACAAGCACAGACCACUUCAGAACCUGUUGCCCUCACAGAGAUGGUAAUCUCCACCAUAGAAAAAACAGACCCCUCCACCUCAGUGACACAGGGUACUUCAGUGUCUACUACCCUUAUAGAGAUGUCCCUCUCUUCUGCCUCAGAGCUUUUUUUCACAGAGAAGACCAACCCCUCCACCUCAUCACAGCCUACUGUUACUGCUGAAAAGAAUGAAAGAUUAUAUAAUAUAUCUAAGGAACAAACUGAAGUGCCUGAAACUGUUGCAACUGAAUUCACUCCUAAUGGAAUUACCUCACCUGAUGUGGAUAAAGCAACACUUCUAACCACCAUAAAGUGGACAGCCCCACCUAGGAAGUUUGAGAAAGCCAGCAAGAUGUCUCUCGCAGGGACACAGACAGAAAUAUACCAUGACCACACUGUGUUGCUGAUUGCUUUAUUGGUGGCUGGAUUGGCAUCUGUGUAAUUUUGUUUGGGAGUUGCCACGAUAUUCCGUGACCAUCGAAAAGAGAGGGAAAGGGAAAGAGUCCAUGUCCGUUGCCAGCAACCUCGUUACAGUCACUACAUGCCUUCAGAAAGGUAGAACUUGAUUUACUGUACUAUACAAAACUAAUUUGGCUUGCAUUCAAUUUUAAGGCUUGUAAACUAAAAAUCUUUAUUAUAGGAUGGUAUAAUGGUGUUGAUAAAAUUAUAACCUAAAUUUCAUGCUUUUAAGUUUGCUGAUAACAUGUGGAUUCAUUAUGUUACCCAUUUUAGAUAUUCAUGUUUGUAAAUUUAAACCUGCAGAACUUUAAUUAAUUUUUAUGAAUUUCAGUUUUUUCAUACUUUAAAACUUGCACAGAUUACCAAUUACAAUUAAUUGGUAGGUGUUAAUUUUUUUUCAUUAUGAAAACUAUGAAUUUGCUGGUUCUGUAUAACUUGGGAGCAUUUGGAUUGUUAUUUAGAUCACUGUUUAAUGAUAUUUAAGCAGAUACAAAUAUAUCAAUUUAGAAUUGUUAUAAAUCUGGCAAUAAUUUAAGAUAGCAUUUUUUUUAACCCUUCAUGAAAAAAAGAGUGCUAUAACUGGAACAAAUUAACAAUAGCGUAUAGUAACCAAUACAGUACCCUUAAUUAAAUCUCUCCACAAAGCCAUAAGAUUUUUGUGGAUUAUGAAGUUAAGUUUAAAUUCUAUAAUUUUCCAAACAAAACUACGU